UUGGCUCCUCUAAGGGGCACGGGUGGGAAGAACAUUCUAGAAGCGUCCUCUGGAGAAGUAAUAUAUACGGAACCGCAGUGCAGUGUCUUCACUCACGUUGCGAAUCGUCGAACGAAGAACUUCUUCGCUGUCCUGUAAAACGAAUUUUUAUAAGCGAAUAAAGAAAGAAAAGCAAAAUGGCCAAAGCACCCGCAGUUGGUAUUGAUCUUGGUACCACCUAUUCCUGUGUUGGCGUCUUUCAGCAUGGGAAAGUCGAAAUCAUCGCCAACGAUCAAGGAAACCGUACAACACCCAGCUACGUCGCCUUCACAGACACCGAGCGAUUAAUUGGAGAUGCCGCCAAAAACCAAGUUGCUAUGAACCCCAACAACACUAUCUUCGAUGCCAAACGUCUUAUUGGACGUAGGUUUGAAGAUAGCACAGUUCAAGCUGACAUGAAACACUGGCCCUUCACAGUUGUGAAUGAUGAUGGCAAACCCAAGAUUAAGGUACAGUACAAAGGAGAGAUGAAGACUUUCUUCCCUGAAGAAGUGAGUUCAAUGGUCUUGGUAAAGAUGAAAGAUACUGCUGAGGCAUACCUUGGGAAGACCGUCAGCAAUGCCGUGAUCACUGUACCUGCUUACUUCAACGACUCGCAGCGUCAGGCAACCAAGGACGCUGGUACCAUCUCUGGCUUGAACGUUUUACGUAUCAUCAACGAGCCUACCGCUGCCGCCAUUGCAUACGGGUUAGAUAAAAAAACCACUGGCGAGCGCAACGUCCUAAUUUUCGACCUCGGUGGUGGCACCUUUGAUGUAUCUAUAUUGACCAUUGAAGAUGGCAUCUUUGAAGUCAAGUCCACUGCGGGAGACACUCACCUUGGUGGUGAAGAUUUUGAUAACCGUAUGGUCAAUCACUUCGUUCAGGAGUUCAAGCGUAAAUACAAGAAAGACCUGACUACUAAUAAGCGUGCCCUCCGUCGUCUUAGAACUUCUUGCGAGCGUGCUAAACGUACUCUGUCGUCAUCUACUCAAGCAAGUAUCGAAAUUGAUUCCCUCUAUGAAGGAAUUGAUUUCUACACUUCAAUCACGAGAGCUCGUUUUGAAGAGCUUUGCGCUGACCUCUUCAGAGGAACACUUGAACCGGUAGAGAAAUCACUGCGAGACGCCAAGAUGGACAAGGCUCAAAUCCAUGACAUUGUUUUGGUUGGAGGAUCCACCCGUAUUCCUAAGAUUCAGAAGCUGUUGCAAGAUUUCUUCAAUGGCAAGGAAUUGAACAAAUCCAUCAACCCUGAUGAGGCUGUGGCUUAUGGAGCUGCAGUACAAGCUGCUAUCCUACAUGGCGAUAAGUCUGAAGAAGUACAAGAUUUACUGCUUCUUGACGUUACUCCCCUGUCUCUUGGUAUUGAAACUGCUGGUGGUGUCAUGACUGCUCUGAUUAAGAGAAACACAACCAUCCCAACGAAACAGACUCAAACUUUCACUACAUAUGCCGAUAAUCAACCUGGUGUACUCAUCCAAGUCUACGAAGGAGAACGAGCGAUGACAAAAGAUAACAAUCUGUUAGGAAAAUUCGAACUCAGCGGAAUUCCACCAGCGCCGCGAGGAGUUCCUCAAAUCGAAGUCACCUUCGACAUUGAUGCUAACGGUAUUCUGAACGUCUCUGCAGUAGAUAAGUCUACUGGCAAAGAAAACAAAAUCACCAUCACCAACGAUAAAGGCCGUCUUAGCAAGGAGGACAUUGAAAGGAUGGUCAACGAAGCAGAGAAAUAUCGUAAUGAAGAUGACAAACAAAAAGAACGUAUUGCUGUUAAAAACAGUCUUGAGUCUUACUGCUUCAACAUGAAGAGUACAGUGGAAGAUGAGAACUUGAAGGAUAAGAUCAGCGCAAGUGACAAGCAGUUAGUAUUAGAUAAAUGCAACGAGAUCAUCAAGUGGCUUGAUGCCAAUCAACUGGCUGACAAAGAAGAGUAUGAACACAAGCAGAAGGAAUUAGAAGCUAUCUACAAUCCUAUUGUCACAAAAUUGUACCAGGGUAGUGGUGGUGUACCAGGUGGAAUGCCUGGUGGUAUGGGAGGAUUCCCAGGAGCAGGAGGAGCUGCCCCAGGUGCUGGUGGAGCUCCUACUGGCGGAGCAGGUAGUGGACCUACCAUUGAAGAAGUCGAUUAAUUUUCUCACUUACCACUGCCCUCUACAUGGUUCCGCGAAGGGGAAAAAAAGAUCCAACGAAUUUGAAGAACAUAGAAUCAUUACAGCUGUGGUAUUUUCGUUCCUCAGUAUAAUUUAGCUAUGUUUGUUUUCAUGUAUACAUUUGAGAACAUUAUAUUUAUUUAUUUUAUUUCUGUGAAACUGUAAAAAUUAUUAGAUCUUUUUUACUAUCGAAUAUGUAAGGAAAAGAAAUAUAAUUUAAUUGUACUUAUUUAAUAAUCAGCAUGAAAAGAAAGGUCUGUUAAUUUUCUAUGUUCGAAGAACUUCGUCAAAAAAAUAAAUCAUAUGAAAUUUA